ACAUUAAACGAUUAAACGCACUAUUCAUAAAGAAGACUUGCGGAAGGAAAACAGAGGAAGACCAAAAGCCCGUAGCGAAACACCGAUCUCUUACACGCAAAAGAACUAAAAUGGAAAUCGGAACAUUUACAAUUUAGUAGAUCUUGCUGCUUUCAACGUUGUGGCCAUUUUUGAUCGGCCUUGUUGAGUGCAUUUCCAGCUGUAAUUACGGGUUUUUUAAUACACAUUUUUUUUUUGGUUUACCUGGAUAUUAUUUUCCCCAUCUGGUGGGAGGAAACCGGAGGCCAGACAUUCGGGAAAGAGGUUUUGUCCUGUAGAUUGUUGUGGCAGGGGUUGGAUCUGGUGAAACUUCAUCGGAUGAGAAAAGUCUGCAUAUGUUUCAAGGAUCAAGAGGGAAAACGAUGAAAUGGACUUCAUUGCUUAAGGACAUCAAAGAGAAGGUUGGCCUCACUCCACCGCCUUCUUCUGCUUCUGCUACUUCUUCUGCUUCUUCAUCGGCUUUCACCUCGUCAUCUCGCGAUAGCAAUGUCAUUUCAGCUUGGCAAACCUUGGGUUCAUCUCCUGCCAGGGACAGACAUGAACUGGAAUUGGACUUCAAGAGAUAUUGGGAAGAGUUUCGGGCAUCCACCUCUGAGAAGGAAAAAGAAGCGGCCUUGAAUUUGACUAUAGAUGCAUUUUGUAGAUUAGUAAAGCAGCACACUAAUGUAGCUCAAUUAGUUUCCAUGUUAGUUGAAACACAUAUAUUCUUAUUUGUUGUUGGAAGAGCAUUUGUAACAGAUAUAGAGAAGUUAAAAAUGAGCAGCAAAACAAGAUAUCUGGAUGAAGCUCAAGUUUUAAAGUUUUUCUCUGAAGCCACAAAGGAUGGCAUCAGUCCUGGAUCAAAUUUGUUAACUGCAGUGGAAGCCCUUGUAUCUGGGCCUACUGACAAGCAAUCCCUGCUCGACUCUGGUAUAUUUUGCUGUCUCAUUCAUAUUCUCCAUGCCCUUCUAGAUCCUGAUGUAGCCAUUCAACGGUCAAACAUUACUAUCGAUCAUGAAGUGUUGCAAAAAGGUUGUGAUGGUGACAUUGGGCAAGCCCGCCAGCUUGAGGUUUCUUUCUCUCCAUGUUAUUUGUAUACACACACAUGCGUGCCUGUUUUUGCAUCUGCACAACCUAUACUGGGUCUACUUUUGGUCAAUGACAAUGGAAGCACUGCUAAAUACAUCCGCAAGCAUCAUCUG